AGAGCGUCCUCCCGGCCGGCAGGUGCCGGUGGCGGCGGCGGCGGCGGCGGGGCCGGGCGGCGGUAACGGCCCCGGCGGAGCGAGGCGGCCCGGCCCGGCCCGCAGAUGCCGUGAGCCAUGUCGGACGAGAAGCCCCCGCAGCUGGUGGACUACUUCGUGGUGGCCGGACUGACGGACGCCUCGCGGCCGCUGGAGGACGAGAACCAGCAGCAGCGCCCGGCCCGGCCCAGCGAGCCCAUCACCGACGUGGCCGUCAUCAUCCGCUCGCAGGGCGAGGAGGUGCCGCACGGCUUCACCUGCAUCGAGGCCACCACCUCAGGGCACCCCGUGGACCUCAACGCCGGGCUGCUCAACAACCCGCAGAUGUUCAUCUGCUACAAGCGGGGCCGGGACAAGCUGCCCCUCAUCGAGCUGGGGGUGCACUACGAGGGGAAGGACCGUCCCAAGCCGGGCUACACCAUCCUGGACACGACGCCCUACAGCCGCUCGGCCAACCUCAACUCGGGGGGCCCGGGGCACCAGCGCACCUUCCUGGUGUACCGGCGGGCGGCCGAGCCCCAGGGCCACAACGCGCUGGGGGUGACCGACAUCUGCCUCAUCAUGCCCAGCAAGGGCGAGAGCACCCCGCACACCUUCUGCCGCGUGGACAAGAACCUCAACACCAGCAUGUGGGGCCCGGCCUUGUUCCUGUGCUACAAGAUCGCCAUGGCCAAGGCCAACACGCUGGUGUACGAAGCAGGGCUGCUGGGGCGCUACCCCGAGCAGGACAGUGAGUCCUUCCCGCUGCCCGAGUCCGUGCCCGUCUUCUGCCUGCCCAUGGGCGCCACCAUCGAGAGCUGGCCAGCCGACACCAAGUACCCGCUGCCUGUCUUCUCCACCUUCGUGCUGACCGGCGCCUCGGGCGACAAGGCGAGGUCUACGGGGCCUGCCAUCCAGUUCCACGAAGCCUUCGCCCGCGAGCGGCUGUCGGAGAAGCAGCGGCUGCGGCUGGGGCUGCUGAGCGUGGUGGACCGGCGGCCCAUCGGCGGCCGCUCGGUGCAGACCCGCAAGAGCAUCUGCGUCCUCUCCCACUGGCCCUUCUUCGACGUCUUCCGCAAGUUCCUCAUGUUCAUCUACCGCUACUCCAUCUCGGGGCCCCACGUGCUGCCCCUGGAGACGCACAUCUCGCACUUCAUGCACAACGUCCCCUUCCCGUCCCCGCAGCGCCCGCGCAUCCUGGUGCAGAUGUCCCCGUACGACAACCUGCUGCUGUGCCAGCCCGUGUCCUCCCCGCUGCCGCUCAGCGGGGCCAGCUUCCUGACGCUGCUGCAGAACCUGGGAGCCGACAACGCGGUGACGCUGCUGGUGGCCGUGCUGACCGAGCAGAAGCUGCUCAUCCACUCGCUGCGCCCCGACGUGCUCACCAGCGUGGGCGAAGCCCUGGUCUCGAUGAUCUUCCCCCUGCGCUGGCAGUGCCCCUACAUCCCGCUGUGCCCGCUGGCGCUGGCUGACGUGCUGAGUGCCCCCGUGCCCUUCGUUGUAGGCAUCCACUCCAGCUACUUCGACCUCCACGAGCCCCCCAAGGACGUCAUCUUCGUCGACCUGGACACCAACAACAUCUUCCAGAGCGAGGAGCGCAAGCUGCUGUCCCCGCGGGCGCUGCCCCGCCGGCCCUGCAAGGUGCUGCUGGCCUCGCUGCACAGCCUGUCCCAGCAGCUGCACGAGAUGUACAACAAGCCGGUGGAGGAGGCGUCGCUGGAGUUCCUGCUGACCGACUACGACCUGGUGUACGGGCGGCGCAAGCAGCUGGAGCUGGAGAUCCGGGCGGCGUUCCUGCGCUUCAUGGCCUGCCUGCUCAAGGGCUACCGCUCCUUCCUGCAGCCCAUCGCCCCCGCGCCCCCUGAGAAGAGCCGCGAGACCGCCAACCUCUUCCUGCUGCAGGGCUUCCUGAAGUCGCGGGAGCGGGCCUACCAGAAGUUCUACGGGCAGCUGCUGCGCACGCAGCUCUUCACGCAGUUCAUCGAGGACUGCUCCUUCGCCAGCGACCGCUACACCUGCCUUGAGUUCUUCGACAGCUGCGUGGACAAGGUGCAGGUGGAGCUGGAGAAGCCGGAGGACGUCCCCUUGAUGGAGCUGGACGACUCGCACGGCAGCGAGCACACCGUCUUCAUCAUGCCCCCCGAGGAGCCCACCGGCCCCGACGGCAGCGAGCUGCCCGCCUCCUACUGCUACGACGGCUUCCCCACGCUGCGCCCCGAGCUGCUGGAGCCCGCGCAGGACCUGCUGAUGGCGCAGCUGUGCCAGGCGCGGAGCAGCGCGCCCAGCAGCCCGGCCCCGCGCCGGACCAAGCAGGAGAUGAAGGUGGCCCAGCGCGUGGCGCAGAAGUACUUCGGGGUGCCCGACAUGUGGGCCAAGUGCCUGCUGGGCCACUGCUACGGGCUGUGGUUCAUCUACCUGCCCACCCACGUGCGCGCCGCCCCCUCCAAGGUGCGGGCGCUGCAGCUGGCCUACGAGGUGCUGCGCAAGAUGGAGACCCACAAGGUGGUGCUGCCCGACGAGGUCUGCUACCGCAUCCUGAUGCAGCUGUGCGGGCAGUACGGCGAGCCGGUGCUGUCGGUGCGGGUGCUGCUGGAGAUGAAGCGCGCCGGCAUCGUCCCCAACACCAUCACCUACGGAUACUACAACAAGGCGGUGCUGGAGAGCAAGUGGCCGGCCAGCACCCAGGGGGGGCGGCUGCGCUGGGCCAAGCUGCGCAACGUGGUGCUGGGGGCGGCGCAGUUCCGGCAGCCCCUGCGGCAGCGGCAGCGGCAGGCAGGUGAGCUUGGGGGGGCUACGGAACGGGGGGGGGGGGGACAGCGAUGGGGGUGCCGCCCCCGCUGCCACCCCCUCCUUGUCCCCGUGCAGAGCUCCAGGAGCCCCCCGCGCCCCCCCCGGCCCCGCGCCGCCCUGCAGCGCCAAACCACCUGGGCCGGCCGCAGCCUGCGGGACCCCCCCCGCGGCCCCCAGCUGGUGAAGAGCGGCAGCCUCAGCUUCCCCCGCGCCGAAGCCACCACUUUGGAAGCCGGAGUCGGACAGAUGCUGCGAGCCCUGGGCGCGCCGGAGCCCCCCCGGGUGCGGGACGCGGCGCCUGCCUCGGCCGAGGGCAGCCUGUCAGACGUCAGCUUCGCCACCGACGAGAGCGAGCGGGCGGACGAAGCGGGGGCGGCGGGGGCCGGCGGGGGCCGACGGGAGGCGGAGAGCGGGGGCACGCCGCGGCGGGGGCUGGCAGCCAAGCUGCAGCAGCUGCUGUCCCCCGGCAAGCGACCCUCCAGCGGGACCGGGACCCCCCCCCAGCGCCGCAGCCCCAUGGACACCCUGCUGCACCCCCGGGAGCGCCCCGAGUCCACCGCCUCCGAGAGCUCCGUCUCGCUGGGCAGCGAGUUUGACUUCUCGGAGACGUCGCUGGGCAGCCACAAAGCCGCGGAGCCCCCCGGGGACGUGGCGCAGGAGCCCCCCGCUGUGGAGGUGCUGCUGUCCAGCUGCUCGCGGUGCCAGGGCUGCGGCUCGCUGGUGUACGACGAGGAGGUGAUGGCAGGCUGGACCUCGGACGACUCCAACCUCAACACCACCUGCCCCUUCUGCGACCGCGCCUUCGUGCCCUUCCUCAGCAUCGAGAUCCUGGACUUCCAGCAGGCCCCCAGCGGGGCCGAGGACGGCUCCGUGCCCGCCCCGGCCACGCAGGGCCCCGUGCUCAGCGACCGCCACCGGUGCCUGGCGCUGGACGACGCCGAGCAGGAACCGGGACCUCCCCCGGGGCUGUGCAACGGCUGCGCGGAGCAGGCGGCGCGGGGCCCUCCGCGGCGGCAGGAGCGGGUGGCCUUCGCCUACCUGAGCCCGCUGGUGCUGCGCAAGGAGCUGGAGAGCCUGGUGGAGAACGAGGGCAGCGAGUGCCUGGCGCAGGCGGCGCUGGUGGACAGCCACCCCAUCCUCUACUGGAACCUGCUCUGGUACUUCCAGCGCCUGGGGCUGCCCAGUAACCUGCCGCGGCUGCUCCUGGGCUCGCAGCACGUGGCGGCCCCCCCGCAGGCGCAGCCGCCCGACGCCGCCGCCUCGGUCGGGGUGCGCUUGUUGUGGGACGUCCUCGUCCCCGAGCCCGACAGCGUCCCCCCGCUCUACGUGCUCUGGAGGUUUCACAGUAACGUCCCCGGCCGCCUGCAGGCCUGGCAGCACCACGAGCACCCCUUCUCGCUGGCCUUCCUGGAGGCCGUGCUGAGGCACGUGGGGCUGAGCGAGGUGCACAAGGCCAUCGCGCUCUUCCUCGACACGCCGCCCGCGCACGGCGGCCCCCGGCACACGCAGAGGAGCAUCUACAGGGAGAUCCUCUUCCUGAUGCUGGCGGCGCUGGGCCGGGAGCACACGGACAUCGCCGCCUUCGACAAGAAGUACAAGUCGGCCUACGCCAAGCUGGCGGGCAGCCUGGGCAAGGAGGAGCUGCGGCGGCGGCGGGCGCAGCCCCCCAGCUCCAAAGCCAUCGACUGCCGCAAGAGCUUCGGGGCCACCCUGGAGUGUUAG